AUGCAGAGCGCGCGGGCGUAUACGCACAAGGAGGCAUGGGUUCUCGAGCCCACGCCGUCUACGUUCGCGCCGAAUAGCAGGUGGUCGAACAAGGAUAUGGACCCUGUCCCUCCGAAGGAGAGGACGUGGUCGACAUUCAACUACAUCGCGUACUGGGUGUCCGACGCGACGAACGUCGCGGUGUGGGAGCUUGCCUCGAGCAUGCUCGCAAUCGGCCUCUCCUGGCGCCAGGCGCUCCCCGCAAUCGCGCUCGGGCACAUCAUCAUCUCGCUCGUGAUGGUGCUGAACGGGACGAUCGGCGCGCGUCUGCAUGUCGGCUUCCCCGUGCUGAACCGCUCCUCGUUCGGGUUCUGGUUCAGCUACUUCUCCGUCGUCUCGCGCGUCGUGCUCUCAAUGUUUUGGUUCGGCAUCCAGACAUACACGGGCUCGGAGUGCGUGUACCAGAUGCUGAAGGCGAUCUGGCCGUCCCUCGCGCACUUGCACAAUGACCUGCCGGAGAGCUCGCAUAUCACAACUGUCGGGAUGAUGUGCUACUUCUUGUACUGGCUCAUCCAGUUCCCCUUGAUGCUCAUCUCUCCGCAGAAGAUCCGUUGGCUCUUCGUUAUCAAAGCCUUCGUUGUUCCGCCCGCAUGGCUCGCGAUGCUCAUCUGGGCAUUUGUGAAGGUGCCGUCCAGCACGGGCCUCUUCCAGCAGCACAGCACUCUCUCCGGGAGUGCGAUGUCAUACGCAUGGCUGAGCGCGCUGAACAGCGCGUUGGGGAUUUACUCGACGCUGGCGGUCAACAUUCCGGAUUUCACUCGUUACGCUAAGAACGAGAGAGCGCAAUACGUCCAGCUCUUCAUCAUCCCCGUCGCAUUCACGCUCGUCGGCUUCAUCGGUAUCGCGGUGACCUCCGCGGGCGCGACGCUCUACGGCGCGGUGCUGUGGGACCCGCUGCAGCUGAUCGACCGCUGGGACAACCGCGCGGCCGCGUUCUUCGCGUCCUUCACAUUCGUGCUCGCGACGCUUGGCACGAACAUCUCCGCGAACUCGCUCUCCGCCGCGAACGACAUGACCGUGCUCUUCCCGCGCUACAUCAACAUCCGCCGCGGGCAGGCGUUGUGUGCGAUCCUUGGCGGCUGGGCGCUGUGUCCCUGGGAGAUCCUCGCGAGCGCGCAGGGCUUCUUGUCGUUCAUGAAUGGGUAUACGGUCUUCCUGGGGCCGUUUGCGGGGAUCAUGGUUGCGGAUUAUUGGGUCGUGCACAAGGGCAAGGUCGACGUGCCCGCCAUGUACAAGCCGCAUGGACGGUACCGGUACUCGUAUGGCUUCAACUGGAGAGCAGUCGCAGCCAUCCUGGUUUCCGUCCCGCCCAACCUGCCGGGGCUGAUCUCGUCCAUCAACCCAAAGAUUAACGUCGGCGGCGCGAUGAAGAUCUACAACUUCGCGUGGCUCUUCGGCUUCACCACCGCGUCGGUGGUGUACACAGUGCUGUCGCUCUCGUUCCCUGCGCACGAGACGUUCAUCCCCGAGGCGAUCACGAGCGAGGAUGUGGCGGAGGACACGUCCCGGAGCGAGGGCUCGUCGCAUUUGGAGAAGAGGAGUGUCGACGAAGAAGUUAAGGUCGUCGCUUAA